AUGGCGUCUGGUUCUCUGCCACCAGACUUCUACGUCAAAGCCCUCCAGUUCACAAAGAAUGUUCAUAGGGACGAAUACCCAGCCAUCAACCCAGAAUCGCCCGAGCUUUCGCUGGCUGGCAAGGUCGUCAUCAUCACCGGCGCGAGCCGCGGCAUCGGCGGCAGAGGAAUCGUACCGGCAUUCGCAAGAGCCGGAGCCAAAGCUCUCGUCCUCGUGGCCCGGUCGGAGAAGAAUCUCAACGCUGUCGCGGCCGAGGUCAAGCAGCUCAACCCCGGUGUCGAGACGCUCGUCUACGCCGUCAACAUGGCCGACGAAGACGGCAUCAGGGCCCUCUUUGAAAAGGUGAAUGCGACCUACGGCCACGCCGACGUCUUGGUCAACAACGCAGCCGUGCAAAACGCAAUGGACCUUGUCAAAGUCAGCGAUCCGAAACUCUGGAUGGAAGAUCUGACCACCAACAUCAGCGGAACCUUUUAUCCAACACACCACUUCCUCCGCUCCCUGCCCCCGACCGCUCACGGCACAAUCAUCAACAUCACCACGAUAUCCCACUGGGUCGUGCCCUCAAUGAGCGCCUACUUCCUCGCCAAGCUCGCGACGCAGCAGCUGGCGGCCCACGUCGCGGCCGAGAACCCGGACAACGUCACCGCCGUCUCGGUACACCCGGGCAUGGUGCACACCGACAUGACCGUGGACCGGUUCCGCCCCUUUGCGCACGACACCCCCGCGCUGGUGGGCGGUACCGUGGUGUGGCUGUGCUCCGAGAGGGCGCGGUUCCUGAAUGGGCGGUAUGUCACGACGAACUGGGAUGUCGAUGAGCUGUGGGAGCGGAGGGGGGAGAUUGAGGACAAGAGGUUGUUGCAGGUAGAUUUGAAUGGUGAGUUUGGGGCGCAGCAUUUUGCGUGA